AAAUAAUCCUAUUACCUCAGCGCUGGAUAAAUGUGCCCUCCCCUAAAAGCCACCCAGAGCAUCUACGGGAAGCGUGCCGGCCGGAGCAGAAGCGGACGGAGGGUCUGUGGUGGAGCAGCGCUGGCCUCAGGGACCGCCGCAGCUGUGUGUGAGGAGCCAUCCUUUGCCAGCACCAGAUCCGCAGGGACCACCGCGCCCCGGGGCAGGCUGCUGGCCCCGGCACAGCCAUGAGCCUGGAGCCCCCCAAGCCGGAGAUCAAAUCAGCCACCAGGGUGACGGGGGGACCCGCCACCCCCCGGAAGGGACCACCCAAAUUCAAGCAGAGGCAGACCAGGCAGUUCAAAAGCAAGCCCCCCAAAAAGGGGGUGCAGGGGUUUGGCGACGACAUCCCAGGCAUGGAAGGGCUGGGAACAGACAUCACCGUCAUCUGCCCCUGGGAAGCCUUCAGUCACCUGGAGCUGCACGAGCUGGCUCAGUACGGCAUCAUCUAGGCAGGGCAUGGAGAUCGCUGCCUGCCCUGUAGCGCUGUGUAGGUAGAAGCCGCCCCAACCGUGCGGCAGGGUUCAGCCUGGAGAAAUGCUCAUUAAAACCCAGAACAAGC